AUGGCUCUUCAUUAUAAGAAAGAUGGAACCUUGGAUAUGCGAUUUAGUUCAUCAAGAGCAGCAAUGUCAUCUGGAUUUGGCAUGAGUUCUGUUGGAUAUUCUGGAGGUUCAAGCUAUUCACCAAUGUCUUUUGGACCAAGUCGUUCGUCUGGAUUUCAUCAUAAAAGAGAUGGUUCUUUGGAUAUGCGAUUCAAUUCUUCGAGAGCUGCUAUUUCAUCUGCGCACUUGAGUCAUAUAAGUCGACCACCUAGUUCUUCUGGGCUUCAUUACAAGAAAGAUGGUACUUUGGAUAUGCGAUACAGCUCUUCUAGAAUUGCUGCUCCAUCUGCUCAAUCAAGUAAUGCAAAUCGACCUCCUAGUUCUUCUCAACUUCAUUAUAAAAGAGAUGGCUCUUUGGAUAUGCGAUUCAAUUCUUCAAAAGCUACUACGUCUUCUGCUCAGACAAGUCAUGUAAAUCGACCACCUAGUUCUUCUGGACUUCACUAUAAGAAAGAUGGCACUCUGGAUAUGCGAUACAACUCUUCAAGAACUGCUGCUCCGUCUGCUCAAUCAAGUCAUGUAAAUCGACCCCCUAGUUCUUCUGGACUUCAUUAUAAGAAAGAUGGUACUUUGGAUAUGCGAUUUAGCUCUUCAAAAACUGCUGCAUCUUCUGCUCAGACAAGUCAUGCAAAUCGACUAACCAGUUCUUCUGGACUUCACUAUAAGAAAGAUGGUACUUUGGACAUGAGAUAUACGUCUUCUAAAAAUGCAAUGACUAGUUAUACAUCUGGGUACACAUUUUCCGACCAUGGAAUACCAAAAGAUAUUCCAGUUACAAAAGCUGGUAUUCCAGAUAUGAGAACAAGAGCUGCUAAAGAAUGGGUAAAAGAGCAAGCUCAAACCGAAAUGAAUGAUAUUCCUUCCUGGAUACCUAAAACUAAAGAUGGUUCUCUUGAUAUUUCAAAACCUAUAACACAGCAAUACUUACAAUGGAAGGAUACACCAUUAACAACUUAUGUUCCGGAUCAACGAUUAGCUUAUUAUUUUCAAAAAUUAGAAGACAUGCUGUUUCGGAGACUUGUAGAAGAUGCUAGAGAAGAUGAUGUCGAGAUGCCUCAAUAUGAAAUCUUACCCGAAACACAAGAAAUUCAACGUCAACUUUGUUCUCAACCGAUGAGAAGUUAUGCUACACAAGAUGAUGACGAUAAUUAUCCAUAUGAAAUGUUACCUGAAACUCAAGACAGACAACGUCAAUUUUCUUCUCGACCGAUGAGAAGUAUUGCUAUAGAAGAUGAUGACGAAAUGCUACCUGAAACACAAGAGAGACAACGUCAAUUUUUUUCUCGACCAAUGAGAACUUCUGCUAGGCAAAAUGAUGAAUAUGAUAUACGUAGUGAAGUUUCAGAAUCAAUUCCAGUUAUUAAUUAUAAAGAUUUGAAUAUUAAUCCAGAUAAUAAAUUAGGUCAAGGUUCAUUCGGUAUUGUAUAUAAGAGUACAUGGAACGGACAGACUGUAGCCGUAAAACAAUUACAUUUAAACAAGUUGACCAGAAAAGAAAAGAAUUCAUUUGUGAAAGAAAUUAGAAUUAUGUCAACUUUAGGUGAACAUCCAAAUUUAGUCUAUUUAUAUGGUUAUACAUUGGAGCCACUUUGUCUCGUUAUGGAAUAUGUUGAAUUAGGUUCUUUAAGUCAUUUACUUCAUUAUUGUGAAGAUCCACCAAUCGAAGCAAAAAUAACAGAUGGAAGAAUAAAGAAGAAACUUAUUCUUGGAAUUGUUCUCGGAAUGAUUCAAUUACAUGCUGUUAAUAUUGUUCAUGGUGAUUUAAAACCUCAAAAUGUUUUAAUUUCAAAAGACUAUACAGCCAAAGUGACAGAUUUUGGAUUUGCAACACUUCGUGGAAAAACAUCAAGUUCUAUUGCCUCUUCCGCUACAACCGAUGAUGAUGGUGCAGCUGUGUGUGGUACUGCAGGCUAUAUGGCUCCUGAACUCUUAAGUAGUUCAAGUCCACCAGACUACUCAAGUGACGUAUAUUCAUUUGGUGUAAUGUUAAAUGAAGUUAUUCAAGAAGAAGAACCAUAUUCAGAUCAAUUUCAAAACUUUCUAGGUCGAGGACCAUUUGCUGCUGUAAAUUAUGCUAAAUUAGGUAAUCGACCAAGAAUUAGUUCGAAAACUCCGCCUUUGCUCAAGAAUUUCAUCGAAAAAUGUUGGCAUCGUGAUCCUCAAAGUCGACCAUCGUUUCAACAGAUUUUUAGUGAUCUGCAAUCGUCUCAUGUUAGAUUUCCGAACUCUUUUGAAUUAUAA